UCUCUGUGCAUUAUGCCUUUUAUUUGCCUCUUUCGAUUGUCCAAAUCGUGUGAACCUGGACAAUAUCUAGCUUUAUUCUUAGAUGAAGCUUGUCAUCCCUGCCCGGAUAAAUUGGAAAAUUGUGAAUACCAAGGAAUGGACGCUAAGGAAUGCGAGGAUUCUUGUAAAUUCUUAUUUUCAACGUCUGUUUCAUCGAUUACCAGAAUGGGUACAUCGUCAACAAGUACAAAAUACGACAUUAUGACAACCAGUCCUAAACUUUCAAGUCUCAAGAGAAUCUUGACCACAAAAAACGGUUACAAACUCCCGAAAAACCCAUGCAGAUACAAAGGAUAUCUAUCUACGUCCAGUGAAAUUCAUAGCGAUGAGACGUCGACCACUUCUCACUCAGAACAUAAAUGGAUCAUACCUGUUUCAGUUACAACACCUACGAUCGUCGUCUUGUUGGUGAUAUUAGUCAUCUUUAUACGUAAGAAUGCACGAAAACGGAAAAAGAAUCAGUGGGGAUCAGAAAAAAAUUUUAAUGCUUUCCCAAACAGUUACAACUGAAGACAGUCGUACAUAUUUUAAGAUCUCAAGGAUUUUAUCUUACAGUUCAGAAAUAAGAUUUUAGACAAAAAAAGAAAAAAAUCUUCAAUAGUUUCUACAAAUAGUUAGCACUUAUAUACUUAUUAACACUUGUAAUAACAAACGGCAAUUUUGGUGAGGAUAUGUUACACUAGAUUAUAUGCUGCACUUGUUGUCUGAAAAUACAUUACUUGUUUAUGCCAUAAAUUCAGAACACGGCACUUUGAAAUACAUAUAAUUAGAUUAAAAGUAAGCUUCUGCAAUCACAUGUAGAUUGAGAGCAGUUUCUGGAGAGUACUUUCCCUUUCUUUUUAAAUGCCAUAUGAAGUGUAUAUUAUUGACGAAGAUAUUCAAGCCAAUCCACUGACUGUAAACAGUUUGGACGUACAUCUGAUUCUGCAAGCCUCUGAGUGUUUGUUGUACCGAUUGAGUUUUAACUGUUUGAAAUUGUUUCGAUUAACAACAUGAUUACAGGCUGCAUCAUUUUCCAAACUAUAACUGGUUCACAAGAUUUUCCUUUGCUAAGCUGAUACCUGUAUGUGUAGGAGCAGCUUAUCCGCUAACACAAUAAUACGAGAUUUAUUAAUGUCUAAUGUCUUUUGUAAUCACAUUAUGUUUUUUCUGAGCUCCCUAGUUGUUGUAACUAUGUUGGCUACACUUUUCUAAGUCAAAAAUUGCUUUAUGCAGAUAAUUAGAGCUUCUUUCCUUCAGUUUCAGACCGAUUUAAAUUUAACUUUUUUCGUAAAGAAACGAAUUAAUCAUUAGCUAUUUACUAGACCUCGAUAAGUUUUAGUGUAUUUUGACCGAUAAUGAGGGGUAUAAUAAACAUGUAGAUUACUUAAUACUUAAUACUGUAAUUAGAGUAAAUAACGUUCUUCCAAACGUUCGCGAUAUGAUUUCACCAAAAAAUUUUGUCCACUUAAAAUAUACAAUUUGAUAUAAUGGUUAACUAAGAUCUCAAUAAGUUGUGAAUGUAUAUUGUAAGUGAUAUUGCAUGUUAAUAUGUGUAACGGAAAUAAGUAAUUACGUGAAUAUAGUUGGUAAACAAACGUCUGGAAAGCGCUCGUAGUUUUGGACGAGUGAACGUUUCUCCUUUUUAAAACUUACCACUAGAAUUUUGGCGUUAUCACGUAGUACAUCAAAAACUAAUAUGCGCCAAGUGCCUGUCAAAACUAUACUGUUUAUGUCAAGUGUCCACGUAGCCGUGGGGUUGCUCAAUGACUGUAAUCCAGGCGAAUAUCUCAGCGCUUUCUUACAUUGGACUUGCCAUAAAUGUCCGAAGAAAUUAAAGAGUUGCGAGAAUCAAGGACGAGAUGCAGAUAGAUGCUCUAAAUCGUGCAAGAAAAUUCCUCUGACCAGUAUAUUUCCGUCAACGACCACCAAAAAUUUUUCCACGACCGCUAUUGAUUUGAAAUCAACUAGCAGAAUAAACCCGACAACAACGAUUGGCUUCAAUAGUGCAACCAGCCCAAUCCAUAAGAUCAGGAAUGAAAUAAAAGAACAGUUACCCGGAAACACCUCCAGUGAGAUGCGUAACAGGACGUUAGCUUUUUCCACACCACAGCGGACGGUGACAGAAAGUUUGAGUCGAAGAGGUUUUUGGAAAAAAUCGUGGAUACCUCUUACACUUGCUAUUUUGCUUGUAAUUGUAGUCGUAGCUUUAGGAGUUAUACGAAAGUUGUUCGUUUGUAAACGUGGAAAAGACGAACAGAUAAAUGAACCAGAGCAAAAUAUCUCGAUGAUUUCAAGCAGUGAUGGAAAUCAAGUUACUUUGCCAGAAACAACCACAUCUGAUGUCAUGGACAUACAUGAAAAUCUGAGAAAUAAAUUCUUUGAAGGAUCACUUUGAAGUUAACUGGAUCUCAAGACUCGUAAAUAUCAUAAACAAUUAUUUAAGUUUCAAUGAGAAGUUUAUUAAGACAUAGAUACCAUUUGUGUAUUUGAAUUUUUUCAUUUUUUGUCGGACAAGAACAACCAAUUAAGUAAUACAGCAUUUGUACAUCACGAGCCCUGAUGGUCUGAAACUUCGUUAAUUAUCGACAAGUUGAAAAAAUUUCAUCAAGAAUAAUAUAAAAAUCGCAAAAGCAAAAACGUGCAUGGAUUAUCGAAUUUGUUAGUUUAUUUUUAAAAUUUUCUAUUAAUUUGUUAAAUUUCGUACUUUGUUUGAAUUUUUGACAUUAAAGUAGCUGAUCUAAUUAGGGUUUUUGAAGUAUUAGCGUCUAUACAUUACAUCCGUUAUUUUAGGCUACAUCGUCUAUUUCAUGAUUAUAAAAAUAGAAACACGUUAAGACGAAAAUUUCU